UGAACCUUCAACCCUGCGUUUUCUUUUGUUUUGAUAUCGCAGAGCAUCACUUGGGCCCAUCAAACCUCUACUUUCCCCUCUUCAUUUACAGGUGACACGGUCCUAAACGACGCACGGAGUAUGUUUCAAACCCGUUGGUCUCAGCCUCUCCAAUGUAUAGCUUUUUAGACGCGCUAACUCGCUGACGUUAGCUGUCAAGCAUAACCAUGGAGCUUUAUUUGAGCAGAACGUUCAUCUGAUUUCUCCCGAAAGAGCGGGUCGCCAGACAGUACAUCCAGCAACUGAGUGUGUGUUUUCAUUUCUCUGAGACAUUUGGAAAAGGCAGCAAAGGAGGACGGUGCAGAUCUUUCAAUGGGCGAAGAGAAGCCAGAGACGCUGGAUUUUGUAAAGGACUUUCAGGAGUACCUGAGUCAGCAGACCCAACAUGUCAACAUGAUAUCUGGAUCAGUCAUUGGAGUAAAGGAGAGUGGAGACCUCCAAGGAGAACUUGGUCAGAAUGGCCUGGAGCAUCCAGCAGUGGAGAUGUCCUUGGAUGAUAGUUCAGGUAUGUUGGUGGAUGGCUUUGAAAGAACAUAUGAUGGCAAACUCAAGUGCCGCUACUGCAACUAUGCCACCAGGGGUACCGCACGGUUGAUCGAGCACAUUCGCAUCCAUACAGGUGAAAAACCCCACAGAUGCCACUUGUGUCCUUUUGCCUCUGCAUAUGAGCGCCACCUGGAGGCGCACAUGCGCUCUCACACGGGCGAGAAGCCUUACAAAUGUGAGCUCUGCUCCUUCCGUUGCAGUGAUCGCAGUAACCUUUCUCAUCACCGUCGUCGUAGACACAAACUCCUGCCCAUGAAGGGUGCACGCUCCUCUCUCUCUCACAGAAAAAUGCUUAGUGUUCUGCAAAAGAGAGGAGGCUCUCUAGGUUAUGGCCGGCGGCUGCUCAUCAACCUCAGUCCACCGUCCAUGGUGUUGCAAAAGCCCAGCUCUGAGCAGCACCAGUUGGGUGACUUUGAUCAUGAUCUCCCUUCUCACGCCCACCUCCAUCAGGAAGCUUAUAAUGGUCUAGAGAAGGAUCCACAAACUAGUGGUGCAAUUGGAGGUGGCUCCAGGGAGGACCAGGACUUUGCAUUGGAUAACCCAUUGAACCAGCUUUCUACUUUGGCAGGUCAACUUGCAAGCAUCCCACCAGAAGCUCAGGGAGCCCCAGUAUCUCCUGGAGCAGAAUCUCUACCAGAUGAGAAACCCACAUUCCUUGUCCAGCAGCCUGUUACAGCACCCGCUGCCGUCUCUGUCAGUGCAGCCCAGGCUUCUUCACCCAUCACCCCUGAACCCAGACCAGCUGCACACAGUGGUUGCAGCCCAGGGGUGGGACCAUGCAGCGAGAGAACCAGCACUCCCAGCGGAACCAACAGCCAGCCAGGGACACCCAAUCCAAUACAGGAUCCCCAGAUGUUGCACCACUGCCCUCACUGUCACAUAUAUUUCCCUGACAACAUCCUCUACACCAUUCACAUGGGUUGCCAUGGUUACGAGAACCCUUUUCAGUGUAACAUAUGUGGACACAGAUGCAGAAACAGCUAUGACUUUGCCUGUCACUUUGCAAGAGGCCAUCAUAAAUAGUGACACAUGCAACCGGUUUGGUUGUUGCUUGCCUCUUCUUUGUCCCAUUAUAGAAUAAUGGAAUUCUGGUAUCUGGAACAUUCCAAAGACAAAAUUGGAUGACCCUGCUAUGUAUAUCUUAAGUUGUUUAAAAAUGUUUAUUUAACUUAUAUUGAUAUAUUGGGCUGAUAAGGUGAACCACAUUGGUAGUGAAAAUGUGGAUCUUUUUAAAGGGGUAGAAAUGUGGAAACUGAUUUUUAAUGGGUUAAAAGUUUUAUGUUUUAUUAGUACAAUUAUAAUUUUUUUACAUUUAAAAUUUACAUUGACAAAAGACAGUUAAUUUGAUGGCUACUCUUAUCCCUUUGUGUUUGUGUGUGUGUGUGUGUGUGUGUGUGUGUGUGUGUGUGUAUAUAUGUUUUAUAUAUAUAUAUUAGUAAAAAGAAAUUGCCAUAUUUAAUAAUUCUGCUCCUCUCAUAUCAUAAUUUAUUAUUAAAACAUUAUUACUUGCCUAUUGGUUAAGAGAGCUGCAUUAUUAACUUAAAUUGACAAUUGAAAAUUAAAUUGUAUGGCACAGGUAAGUUGGCUGUUUAUAGCAGUAAGAAGUAGUGUCCCAUGAGAUUGUUGUCCAAAUUCUUAAUUUUACUGCAGUGGCCCAGGAUCCUGUCCUUCUUUAAUACCAGAGCACAUGGCUGUAUACACUGGUUUCGUAAAGCAGUGUUGAUGACUGUGUUUGAGCAGUGUGAACACUGUUAAGUUUAAAAAGUCUGUUUUCUAUAUCUCUUUCAUUCUCUCUCCUGCAUUACUACCACCAGUGCCAUUCUUUAGAUGUUAUUCGUAAUGUUUUUGGAAAUGUCUGUGGUGCUACAAUUAAACUUUUCAUAUGCAUGUCUGCAUAAUGAACUAAAUUAACAGAUAAGUAUUGUAUAACAUGUUAUGGUGGAUUUGAUGUUGAAUGUCAAUAAACCUGAAUAAUUGCAAUGUGCACUUGCAAUAUUGUGCUUGUCAUUUCAUUUUCUAAACGAUAUAUAUUUACAGCAUUUUAUGUGUUCUGCAUUUUCUAGAUUGCUUGUAUUUGUCUCCAAGCGCAAUCCUGAUUUUUAGUUAAUAGAGCACGAGUGUAAGCCUUCAUAAAUGUUAAGAUGCUUAUUUUAACGGAAGAAGUGUCCUACUUUGAAUAUCUUCAAUAAGAGUUUAAUUUGGUCUACAUGAAGUAGCUUCCAAAUAAAGUACUAUUACAUACUCUACUAUUGUGA